AUGGACUCUAAUAAAAAAGCCACGGUCAUUGAUAUGGAAUCUGAAGAUGACAUUGUUAUUUCUGGCAUCGCCGGUAGAUUUCCUAAAUCGGACAAUAUUAAGCAGCUCCAAGAGAAUCUAUUUAACAAAGUGGAUCUUGGAUCAGAUGAGGAACGACGAUGGAAUCAUGGUCACCCAGAUCUACCUCAACGUAUGGGAGUGAUUGACAAUUGCGAGAAAUUCGAUGCAGAUUAUUUCAAAAUACCCUUCAAAGAAGUCCAUGUCAUGGAUCCUAUGAGUAGGUUGCUCUUGCUGGAGCAUACGUAUGAAGCUAUCGUUGAUGCAGGAAUAAAUCCGAAAGAUUUAUCUGGAACAAAUACUGGAAUUUUUAUCGCAAUGUGUUUUUCGGAGUCGGAGAAGACUUGGUUUUAUGAAAAAACAAAGAUAGCUGGCGAUGCAGCUUUUGGAUGUUUCAAGCCUCUGUACGCAAAUCGGAUAUCUCACUGGUUAAAUAUAACAGGACCAUCUUACAUAAUCGAUUCCGCCUGUAGCUCAAGUCUCUUCGCUUUAGAGUCCGCUUAUAGAAGUAUCCGGUCAGGGCAGUGUGACGCCGCUAUUGUCGGCGCUAAUCUCUGCCUGCAUCCUUAUGUAGCUUUGCAGUUUGCGAGACUCGGAAUUUUAGCACCUGACGGAUUUUGCAAACCUUUUACCGACGAUGCAAACGGAUACAUGCGUAGCGAGACAAUCGCAGUCGCAUUUUUACAAACAGCAAAGGUGGCUAAGAGAAUUUAUGCAACCGUCGUCUACGGAAAAACUAAUUGCAACGGAUACAAGGAACAAGGCAUUUCCUUCCCGUCGAGCAAAAUGCAACAAACUUUAUUUGAAGAGUUUUACAAUAAAUGCGGUAUUUCAUGGACUUGCUUAGGCUACAUGGAGGCUCACGGCACCGGCACUUAUGUUGGCGAUCCAGAAGAAAUCAAUGCACUCGAGCAGGUUUUCUGCAAAAACAGGCAAACUCCUCUAUUAAUCGGCUCUAUCAAAUCAAACUUGGGCCAUUCUGAAGGUGCUAGUAGCAUGUGUCAAAUUGUUAAGGUGAUAAUUGCAAUGGAAACUGGCUUAAUCCCGCCAAAUAUAAACUUCACACAAACACGGAAAGGUGUUAAGGCUUUUGAAGAUGGAAGUAUAUGCGUGGUGACCAAGACAACACCGUGGACUUCUGGAUUUAUGGGUAUCAAUUCGUUUGGUUUUGGUGGAGGCAACUGCCACAUCUUGAUGCGAAAUAACACAAAGGAAAAGAUCAAUAAAGGAGCGCCGAAUGAUAAUCUGCCCAGACUCGUUGUCCUGUCUGGACGUACCGAACAAGCAGUUGAAUCAUUUCUAAACAAGAUCGAGAACCGGCCAAUAGACGUCGAAUAUGUACGGCUAUUGCAUGAUCUUUACGCUGACGAGAUGAAAAAUCAUCCUUACAGAGGAUACGUGAUUGUCGAAUCUAAAACACCGAUCAAAACGGCAAAAGAAAUACAAUAUUAUUCAGGUGAGAGAAGACCGAUUUGUUUUGUGUUCUCCGGAAUUGGUUCGCAAUGGGUUGGCAUGGGUCAAGCGCUACUACGAUUCCCAGUAUUUUUGAAAACCAUAGAAAAAUGCGAUACGAUUUUAAAAAUGCAUGGAAUGUAUAUCAUUGACAUAUUAACGAGUAAACGUAAAAAUAUUUUUAACGAUGUAUUGAAUUCACUUGUGGGCAUCACCGUAAUGCAGGUGGGAUUAAUCGAUCUCUUAAGAUCCGUAAGUAUCGUGCGGCGUAAAUUCACCCUUGAACAAGUAAUUUUAUCUUCGUAUUACAUAGGAUUGGGAUUGAAGGAAACGAAAAUUAACUGCGCGAUGGUGAAUAUCGGUCUCAGUUAUGAGAAUGUGAAGAACAUAUGCCCACCGGACAUCGAAGUAAUCUACAGCAACAGUCAAAAUACUUGCUCCAUAAGCGGUCUAAAAAAAUCAGUAAAGGCGUUUACAAAACAAUUAAAGACAAGUAAUGUAUUUACUGAGGAAGUCAACUGCUGCGAUAUUCCUCUGCAUACUCGUUAUCUCCUCUCCGCAAGAGCCACGAUUCUGGCUUACCUGAAUCAAAUAAUACCGCAAACAAUGACUCCCAAUGAGAUAUGGCAAGGUUUAUUUUGCAGCACGAAAUUGUCCUGCGCUGAAUAUUUCACGAAUAAUCUAUCGAAUCCUGUAUUUUUCGAUAAAACCGCGCAAUUAAUUCCCAGAAACGCAGUGACUCUUGAAAUUGCGCCGGAUGCUAUUCUUCAGAGUGUUACGAAAGAACUGUUCGACACAACCAGCAUUACGUUACUUCAGCGUAAUCACGAGAAUAACGUCAAUGUAUUUUUGCAAGGUCUGGGAAAAAUGUACAACAAUGGUUUGCAACCGCAAUUAGCAAAUCUAUAUCCGACCGUGAAAUUUCCUGUUAGUCGUUCCACGCCGAUGAUCUCGCCGUCAAUCAAAUGGGACCAUUCCGAAGACUGGUACGUAACAUGUCAUAAAUUGCAAACGAGACUCUUUAACGAAGAAAGGAUGGUUAAAGUUGUUCUAAAUAACGAAGAUUACGAAUAUAUGAGCGGUCAUGUGAUUGACGGAAGACAGUUAUUGCCGGCUACUGGAUAUCUCAUGCUCGUUUGGGAAACGAUGGGUAUGCUGAAAAGUCUAUCGUAUACCGAUAUGCCGAUCGUAUUUGAGAAUGUCAAGUUCAUUCGGGCAACGCACUUUCCGAAACAAGGACCCGUGUAUCUAACAAUAAUGGUGCAGAGAGCAACUGGAAAGUUUGAAGUCAUCGAAGGAGAUAAUGCCGUCGUCACUGGCACUGUGCGUGAACCGACAGAUAUUGCCGAAGAAAAGUUACCGAGACAAUUUUUAAAUCAAAAGAACGACAACGAGGAGGAAGUAAUGAACACAAAAGAUAUCUACAAGGAACUCAGAUUACGCGGAUAUCAAUACGCCGGCAUGUUUCGGGAUUUGAAGAGUUCGUCGACUACGGGAAAACAAGGGCACAUAGCUUGGAUGUACAAUUGGGUAACAUUUAUGGAUAAUAUGCUGCAAAUGAAAAUCCUCGGGAUAGACACGAGGAAUCUUCACGUUCCCACGGGAAUACAAAAAUUGGUGAUCGAUACGAAACUUCACAUACAACAAAUACGGAAUGCAGCAGCUAACGAUUAUCAGCUUCCUGUGCGUGUGUACAAAAUCUUCGACGCGGUAGUAUCCGGCGGUGUGGAAAUUCGCGGAAUCAAGGCUACUUCCAUAUUUUGCCGAAAACCAGCGGAGGAACCUGUUCUCGAAGAGUACAGAUUCAUAGCUUAUUGCGACGGAGCCGAGGUUUCUUUGCAGGAAGCCGUGAUGCUGUCGACGCAUCUCGCUCUGGAAUAUCAUCAAGUGAUAAAAGUAAAUAUUAUCGAAUUAAUCGAAGAUGAUGACAAUGUAGAAACAGAUGAAAUAGCAUCACCACUGUUUAUCGAUAUCUUGGGUGAUCUACCGUUGCUUCAACCAAACGUUACUCUGGUGACCAGAACCAAUCGCUUCAAUUGCGUUACUCUUCAUUCGAAAAUCACAGUCUCGCAAUCGAAGAAGUUGUCGAAUGACGAUAAUGCGAUAUUAAUCACAGGAUACAAUUUGUUCACGAAGAACAAGAGCAAGACCUUAAAGGAAAUUUUGUCGGCAUUACAAAACAAUGGAUUUUUAUUGACACGAGAGCAGACCUUUACGAAAGACGACAUUGCGACUGCCGAAAAGUACAAUUUAGCAGUAGUACUUGAGAAACGCACGCAGAAAGAGCACAUUAUACUGUUAAAGAAGAGAGAACAGUCGAUGAGGAAAAUUCAAGUUAUUCACGUUAACAAUUAUGAGUUCUCUUGGUUAGAGCAGCUUAAAUCGAUCUUGAACGCGGAGAACGAAUCAAGAAACGCCGCAAAAAUAAUUUUAGUCAGCGAGAAAGAUUCGGAAUGCGGCUUGUUGGGCCUCGUCAAUUGCUUGAGGAAAGAACCAGGUGGCGAAUCGAUCAGAGGAGUGUUUAUUCAAGACGAAACUGCACCGGAGUUUUCUUUGCACGAAUUAUUUUACGCGGAGCAACUCCGGAUCGAUCUUAUCAUAAAUGUCUUGCGUCCGGGUAAAACAUGGGGUUCAUACCGACAUCUUCCAUUAGCGCCGCUGACACCGAAGCUCGUGUACCACGCAUUAGCCAAUCAAUUGGUGGGCGGUGAUUUGAGUUCAUUUCGCUGGAUCGAGGGCCUGAUUACACCGGAUUAUAAGGAGAAUAAUCUCGUUCACAUAGCUUACUCGACUAUCAAUUUCAGAGAUGUAAUGAUAGCGUCCGGCAAACUUGUAAUAGAUGGUUCGAUUUUAUCGUGUGGCCGAACCGAAAAUUGCAAUAUGGGUAUAGAAUAUGUCGGCGUGGACAAUACUGGACAGACAGUGAUGGGACUUUGCGAUAGAAGAUUCAUAUCAAAUAUGUGCACAUCCUCCAAAUACUUAUGCUGGAACAUUCCCGACGAGUGGAGCAUGGAGGACGCUGCCACGGUUCCGUGCGCUUACAGCACGUGCUGUUACGCAUUAUACAUCAAGGCGAAAAUGAAAAAGGGCGACAGGGUACUUAUCCACUCCGGUACCGGUGCCGUGGGCCAAGCUGCGAUUCAUCUUGCGCAUCACAAAGGUUGCGAGAUAUUCACCACCGUUGGCACUCCGGAAAAGCGAAAGUUUAUCAGAGACACGUUCCCGUUCAUCCCAGAGAAUCACAUUGGAAGUUCGCGCGACAACAGUUUUGAGCAAAUGAUAUUUACUCAGACUAACGGCCGUGGCGUGGACAUUGUACUGAACUCGCUCGCCGAAGAGAAACUCUGGACGUCGAUCCGUUGCCUCGCGAAAGGCGGGCGUUUUCUGGAAAUUGGCAAAUUUGAUUUUAUGGCUGACAAUUCUUUAAAUUUAUUCUUUCUUUCAAGAAAUAUUCAAUUUUUUAGUGUUAUGCUAGAAACAUUAUCAAGAGCUCCAGAAAAACUAAAAGAACGUUUGAAUAUGGUAGUGGCCAUAAAUCUUGCGAAUAAAGCUAUUCAACCGAUUGCCAGGAAGAUUUUCGAAAAGGAUGAAGUGGAGGCUGCAUUCAGAUACAUGGCAGUUGGAAAGCAUAUAGGAAAGAAAGGUCAAUUUAGCUGGCAUUAA